AUGCUACAGAACGCCGAGAUCAAGUACCCUACUAUUGAAAAAUUCGGCUUUGCCCUGUUCUUGGCUAGCAAAAAGCUUCGCCCUUACUUCUUGGCCCAUCGGCUGAUAGUAUACACAGAUCAACCUCUGAAACGGCCAUUUACCAAUCUGGAAGCGUCCGGGAGAAUGCUCAAUUGGGCAAUUGAACUCAAUGCAUUCGAUAUUUCAUAUGAGCCGCGGAAGGCAAUAAAGGGGCAGGCCUUUGCUGACUUUAUUGUGGAGAUGACUAGGCCGGCCCACUUGAAAAAUGACAAGACACAAUGGGUAGUCCGUGUGGACGGGUCCGCCACCCAAAAUGGGUGUGGAGCCGGCAUCAUCUGCGAAUCGCCAGAGGGGGAUGUCUAUGAGUAUGCAAUGCGCUUCAACUUUCAGGCGUCAAAUAAUGAAGCUGAGUAUGAGGCUUUAAUAUGUGGAAUUCAAAUGAGCAAAGCAGCAGGAGCAGCAGAGGUCUUGGUCCUAUCUGACUCACAGCUAAUUGUCAGCCAAGUAAAGGGAGAAUACGAGGCAAAAGACGACACCAUGAUGAGAUACUUGGAAAAAGUCCGCCAAGAAGUACAACCGCUGAUUAGCUUUGAAAUACAACAUAUACCGCGGUCUGAAAACGGCAAGGCAGACGCCUUAUCCAAGUUGGCCAGCUCUGCGUCUGGCGACACACCGCGUCAUGUAUUUUGGGAGGUAAAGCAGACCAAGAGCAUUGAUUUCUUGAGAACGGCCAUCCUAGAUCGGAUGGCCACUUGGAUGGAUGAUAUAGUCAAUUUCAAAAUGAAUGGGGUACUCCUUGAAGAUCCCAAGCGGGUAGAAAGAUUGCAAAAGAAAUGCACCUGGUUCGAGAUAUGGAAUGGGACUUUAUACAAAAAAGCCUUCUCACGGCCUCUUCUUCGCUGCGUAACCCCGGAAAAGGGGCACGAAGUACUGGAAGAUCUGCAUCAGGGACUAUGCAGCUCUCACAUAGGGGGGAGGGCCUUGGCAGAAAAAGCUCUAAGAACUGGAUAUUAUUGGCCCACUCUCAAAGAAGACGCCCUUGACUUGGUUAAGCGAUGUGAUAAAUGUCAACGGUUUGCUCAUCCAAUUCGACGACCGGCUCAGAAACUAACACCCAUCACAAGCCCCAUACCAUUUUACAAAUGGGGGAUGGACUUACUAGGUCCUUAUACGACAGCCCCAGGGGGACUGCGCUAUGUGAUAGUUGUUGUCGACUAUUUCACCAAAUGGGUAGAAGGUGAAGCCCUGAAAAACACCAAGGCACAGGACGUGAGAGCCUUCAUCUGGAAAAACAUCAUUACAAGAUUCGGUUCACCUUAG